AUGGCGAUGCUGGAUGAGAAUGAACAGCCUUUGAAGCUGAUGGACGAGUCGUUCGGCUUUGUCGAAGGGAUCGAUGAAGACGGUGCUGGCGGUGGUGAUGAACAGGAGGUUGAUCCGGUGUCGAAGGUGUUGCUUACUCGGUUUGAAGAAGCUCCAAUCCCGCCCGAGGGAGUUGACAAUUGGACGAAGAGUUCACGUAUCCUGAAGUUCAGACUGAAUCCUAAUGGCGUCGAUGGUGUAGGGUUCAUCUCGCAGAACCCUCAUAGUGAUAAGAGAAUCAAAGUGUAUCCUCAGGAGACUAAGAUCUACACCACGAAGGUGCCAACUUUUGACGAUGCAGAUGCUUACGUUGAGUAUGUGUCUAAUCUGUACAGUAUCUAUGAUGCUCUUGGGGAGGAGAAGUACUAUUCUGUGCCUACGGCGGGCGUGAUCAACAGAGAGGCCCAGAGGAAUCAGAUUAAUGUGUUAACAAAGGCCAUGUCGUUGACUAUCGAAGAAUUACAGUCAUAUAUUGACAAGAAGAGUACAAAUGCCAAUUCCGAGAUUGAGGUGUUUGAAUUGGAGGAAAUAUUAGCCGUAUUGAACUGUUUGAGGGCAUUGUAUUUCACCCCAGACAAUGAAAUCCCUCGAGCACUGGCACAAUGGAUCAACAUGGCUGAUCCACAACCUGAUGCGGAGCUUGCCAAUGGCAUAAUGAAGUCAGAAAUCCCAUAUAAACAUCCUCUAUUUUGGGCUUUUAUAACUCAACUUACUCUUCGAGGGCUAUACGAAACGGCUUCUGAUGCAUUUAAACAAUCAAAAUUUGAAGAAUUACACGAUGACGAUGAAGAGCUGUACAACUUAAUUGUGGACUGUUUGCAUUUGCUCGAAUCAUAUCCCGAAAAUUCACCACAGGAGAUCUUUAAAACUUGGAAAUCCACUGCAGCAAAGGCGUUAUCUAACGCAUCACUAAGGAAUACAGACAAUCCAAUGUUGUUAAAUAACAUUAGAAAAUUGCUUCAGAUCUUAGCUGGAGAUCAAACUGCAAUCGUGGAGCAAUCGACAUCCUGGUACGAGGCGCUUGUUGGAUUGGUUUAUUACCAUAUACCUUCUUCUGAACUCUUGACUGAUUAUUUCAACUCGGCAGUCUCAAGUCAUAAACCUGACCAAACUUCGAUUUGGGAAUUGGCAUGUGUUGAUAUCUUUGAAGAAUCUUUCUUACAAGCAUUACGUGCAAUUAGUUCUUUCAGCACAGCCACUUCAGCUUAUGUGUCCGCAUUAUGUGAAGCUAGAGGGCUUCUAAAAGGAUACUCAUUUGAUGAUGAUUUCAAAGUGAGUUCAAGUCUUCUGAUCUCACAAGAUCUUUUUUCAACAACGAACCCUUCAGAGUUUUUAAUCCACACUCAUGCUUUGGAUUGUUUAACCAUCCAUGAAUUAGCUCCAGUGGGUAUUGGCCUUUUGGCUUCUUCACGCAAUCCAACUGCACGUUCAGUGAUUGCGGAAUACUUACCGAGAUACGAAUUCCAGAACAACGAUGACAUUGAAUGGGCGCUAACUGUAUGUGCAAGUCUUAAAUUACCCUACAUUGCACAUGUGAUUUACCGUACCGCAGCUCAAAGGUCUUUAGCUGAAGGUUUACUACUCGAAGCGUUGAAACUGUUUGCACGUGCUGGUGAGAUUGAAUAUGUUAAGCACCAUUGUUGGCUAAUUUUUGAGAAUUCUCUUAUGCGUGGGGAACCUAUUCAGGAUGUGAUUAUUAAUGCCACUGUGGAUGAUUCCAUCUCAAUAGAAGGUGUUGACAGGGAAUCAUUGGAAUUGACACCGCUCUUGAGACAAACUUUAGCACCUUAUGCGAUCUUGUACAGAUUUUGGAACUUGAAGAAAGAAGGUUCAUUAAGAUUGGCGUUGAAGAAGUUAAUUUCACUCUUGAAAUUCCCAUACCUUCCACCAAGACUAUUUGGACUAGUUCUCUCGCAAUUAUUACCGUUUGUUAUUCUGUUGGUUCCACCAAAAGUUUUAUUGAAGGAAGAUUUACUCACAGUGGUGAAAAUCUUGGAUAAGUACGAAGAAGAUAUCUUUAACAAAAAGGAUAAGAAAAGCAUCGUUCUAACACAAGAAUGUGAUGAACUCUACCGUGCAAGUAUUUCGCAAGAGUUUGAAAAUGACUCCACAUAUUGGACCAAGUAUUUGGAUGAUGCUAAUGUCAAACCUCCACAUGAUUUACAAACAUUGUUAAAAGUUGUUAGAAGGAACGUCGCAGUCGAGAUUGGACGUGCAUACUUGGAGGACAGUUAUAACUAG